CAAUCAAAAUGGUACGAAAUCAAAUUCAAAAAGAUGUCCGUUACAAAUAGACCCCAAAACUUCCCUUUCCCCCUAAUUCCCACCUCCAUCAACUCUUUUUACACCUAGGGUUUUCAGGUUACCGUUAAACCCUAAACCCCACCAAAAUUCAUCCAGAAAUGUGCCUAUCAACAACAAAGGGCUUCGAGCCCAUGUUAACAGAAUCAAUCAAUCACUUCUUGGCCUCUUACAGAAAUGGAAGUUCUGAUUUCUCAAAUUUUCAGUUCAUUUUCUUUCGUUUGAUACAAACAAUGCCCGACCCGCCUCUUGAAAUUACUUGGUUUUACUCUGCUGUAACUUUUCACACCUCAAAAUCAGCUGGUUUUAGCAAAAUCGUUGUCGCUAAAGACUUGUUUCACUUGCUAAUUUCUUGCUCGGGUCCAUGUAACGGGUUGAAAAAGAUUGCUUUGCUUGCCCCUGUACUGUACGUUUUGUAUGAUGUAAUAUGCGAGUUUUCGCGUAAUGGGUUGUGCUUGAAUGGUGAAAUUAGGGACUUGGUAGAGAAAAUUGUUGGUUAUAUAUGUAUAUGUUUAGGUGAUAGCGACAUCUUGAACGAGUUUGAUGAGAAUAUUCUCUAUUUUGAGGAAUUAGUUGGGGUUUGGACAAUUGAUCGGGUUGAGUGUGCUAAAUUUGACGAGAAUUUAGGGGUUUUCUUUCCAAUUUUGAGUGUUGAGGUUCAUGAGGGUCGAAAUAUAAGGCAUGGGAUCAGGGAUUUAGCUGGAAUCGUAAUAUGUGAGGUGUUCUUGCUUAAUUUGUCUAUGAAGUUUAAUAUGGGGUUUGUAAAUGAGGACGUCCAAAAUGAUGCGCGAAAUUGGGCAAUUCAGACUCUCAAGCAGUUCCAAAAUUUUGAACACUUAGAUCUGCUUCUCAGAAUUCUGUUGGAGAAAAGGCUGGUGGUCACUACCUUAUUGCAGAGUUCUGAAGAUGCAGUUAUUCUACAGAAACUAUUGUAUGAUGCUGUGAUACUGAUUGAUAAUUCAUUUCUAAGUUCUAGCAGAUGGUUUCAGCUACCAGAAUCCCACUUCAGGAACUUGGCUCUACUAUGGUCCUUAGUAGCUGAUAACGCCAUACAGUUUGCUAGGGAAAUAUGUGAUCAAGAUAGGGUGCUUGCUUAUGUAAAUGCUUUCUCCGAGUCUCAGCUACCCAGCAAAUUACUUAAAUGGGUCUCUACCCGAGCUGGAACAGAAGAGAACCUGAGGAAUCCAAAAUUUACGACACCCAAAGCUCUCAUAAAAUGGCUUUUUAUCCUGGAAGACCAAGGUCUCUGGGUGUUUGAUCACGACAAACUGAAGUUCCAUGCCAAAGCGGCAAUUUGUAAUUCAUUGCCAGACUGUUGUCUCCCUGAAUCUAAGCCCGAAUGCUGGACUGCUAAAGAGAGAGAGCGUAGGGAAGGCAAAUACAUUGGCGAUGAGGAAAUGGAAGAUUCAUUGGACAAACCAGUCUCUGCUGCUUACUUUUGUACAGAUAAAUUGCCUACUGAUGGUGAUAGAAAGCGCAAAGAUCCACUGAAGGACACAGAUAUAAGAGGAACACCAGUCAAGCUUGUAAAGUAUAAUGUUCAUGAAAGUAUAUAACUCAAAUGUUGUAUGACCGUCAGUUCUUGCCUAAGUAAUUUCACUUUUCAUCUUUUCUUGGAGUUUGCAACAUCAUUGGCAGAGAGUAUAUAACUCUUCCUGAGAUUGAUCCGCAA